AUGUGCUUGUUCGUUUUGGCCUGCCAGCUUCGGAACAUGUGCUGUGCGUCUUGGGUAUGUGUGAGACUUCGGAUGGAAGACUUUGGGCGGCGGCAGGAGGGCGGCAACCGGACAAGUGAAGCCUGGCACCAGCCACGCUGGGCCUCGAAGGCCUCGUCGUUGUCAAAAGGAGACGAGGAGCGGCCUCCGAGCAGUGGAGGUUCGACCCGCUGCCCGUCUUCUGCACGGGGAAGGCACUCGCCGGCUCCCAGCGUGGAGACCAGGGCUCCCUCGCCGAACAGCCCGCCGGCCUCUUGGGCCCAGCCAGCACCGCCGAGCUUGAGAGCCAGCGCUGACACCUGGGCGACACGCGUUGACUCAAAGCAAAGAGGGCAGGAAAAAGACUUUCCCGCCACCUACAGCAUCAAGCCUGGAGAUCUUGCAGGUUCUCUCCUUCCAGACUAUGAGCUUUGGGUGACUUUGCAUGGCGGGAAUGGCCGCUGGCAGCAGGCCCGUGCACAGACUCAAUGGGCGCAGAUGCUGGUUGAGCACGAGGCAGCUAUGGCCGCAAAGAAGCUGGAGACAGAGCGCCAGCGACUGCGCCGUGCAGAG